AUGUUUACCAAAGGUCUUUUAUCCAAAUCCAAGUUCGAUGUGUCAGGUCUGGAAAAGGCACUAAAUCGGUUAACAAAAAACUCAGUUUGUUUAGCCAGUAGACAAAAAGCAACACUUGAAAUUAAAGGACAUUUUAAAAAAACUUUUUGUUGCAAAGCAUUACGCUAUUCCUCUACGCUAAGCGUGACAAGUACAGCCCCUUUAAGUGUUAUCCUAGGAAAUGAAGAAAAUAAUAAUGAUAUGGCCAAAAAUUUUUUUCCUACUCGUAUUCAAACGUCUGGGCUUAAAGAAUUAUUUGAGCCAAAGUCAGUAGCUGUUAUAGGUGCUACAGGGAGAAUUGGAUCAGUCGGUCGAACUAUUGUAGCUAAUUUACUUGCGAGUAAAACACAAACAAAUGCUUCAUACAAGAUAUUCCCAGUCAAUCCGUCGCGAGAUCAGGUGCUAGGUUUACCGUGUUAUUCUUCAGUGAAAACUAUACCAGAUGAAAUUGAUUUAGUUGUCAUUGUGACACCUGCAAAAUCAUGUGUUGAAAUGAUGCGACAAUGCGCAGAGAAGAAAGUCAAAGCGGCAGUUGUUAUUUCAGCAGGUUUUCGUGAAGCUGGGAAAGAGGGUGUUCAAUUAGAAAAUGAUCUUAUUUCCAUUGCUCGAGACAACGAUAUUCGAGUUGUGGGACCUAAUUGUUUAGGUGUUAUGAAUCCUGUAUACGGUUUAAAUGCAACAUUUGCUUCAACAAUGGGAACUCCUGGUCGUGUAGCUUUUAUAUCACAAAGUGGAGCCAUGUGUACAUCUGUACUAGAUUGGAGUCUAAAGGAAAACAUUGGUUUUAGUGCUUUUGUGUCAGUGGGAGGUAUGGCAGAUGUGAAUUGGGGUGAUCUUUUAGAUUAUUUAGGGGAUGAUCCCAACACGUCGGCUAUAUUAAUGUAUAUGGAAGGUGCAGGAGACGCGGAAGCUUUACUGGCUGCAGCAAAAGAAGUAGCCAUGAAAAAACCAAUUAUAGCUAUUAAAGCUGGAAAGUCGGGUGCAGCUGCAGCUGCCGCAGCGUCUCACACGGGAUCCCUUGCGGGAAGUUACAAAUCAUUUGAAGCAGCCAUGCAACGUGCAGGUGUCAUGACAGUAGAUAAUAUUCAACAACUUUUCGACUGCGCAUUGCUUCUGGGUAAACAACCAAGACCCCAAGGAUCAAAUCUUCUUAUUGUUACAAAUGCUGGAGGACCUGCCGUUCUAGCAGUAGAUGCCAUUGUUUCGUCGGGUGCUCAUCCAGCUCCUUUAUCUGACGGGUUGAAACAAAAACUUGAUUCCUUUUUACCAGAAGCUUGGAGUCGUUCAAACCCUAUUGACAUUAUCGGUGAUGCAUCUCCAGAACGAUUUCAAAAAACUCUUGAAACUGUGUUGAUGCAUGAAGAUAAAGAGACAUCACCGGAUGGUGUUUUAGUGAUUUUAUCACCUCAAGAUUCAACGGAUCCAACAAAGUCUGCUGAAUGUUUAGUUCAAGCCGUUCAACACGCCAAAAGUUUAGGCAAGUGUAAUAUACCUAUACUCGCAGCAUGGAUGGGAGGCGCUACGGUUGAACAAGGUUCUGUGAUUUUAUCCAAAGCGGGAAUUCCUUCUUUUUCAAAUCCUGAUGAUGCAGCAUCAACUUUUGGUAAAUUAUGGAAACAUGCAGAACAACUUGAUGUUUUGUAUAAUACUGCAUUAAAUAAGGAAAUCGAACCAAGAACAAAAAAUGCAGAAUUUGAUAAACGUAAUGAAGCAAUAGCACUUCUACGCGAAGUCAAAAAAUCCAACCGGUCCAUUCUUACUGAAGCUGAAAGUAAAAAAAUUUUGAGUUGCUAUGGAAUAUCUGUUGUUCCUACCAUUAUUGCAACAAGUGAAAGUGAAGCUAUAACAGCGGCUAGAAGUAUGGGGUAUGAGAAGUUUGCAGUAAAGCUUCAUUCAGAAACGCUAACUCAUAAAGCCGAUGUAGGAGGUGUAAAAUUAAAUGUCUUGUUACAAGAUGUUGGGAAUGCUUUUAAAUCCAUUCAACAAAAUAUAAAAUCUACGCAUGGUUUACACAAUUUUCAAGGAGUGACUGUUCAACCAAUGAUACCCCUAGACCAAGGAAUUGAAUUAAUUUUAGGCAGUACAGUUGAUCCACAAUUCGGUCCUUUAAUAAUGUUUGGAAGUGGUGGAUCCAUGGUGGAAAUUUUCAAGGAUACAGCUCUUGGUGUUCCGCCUUUGACAACAAAUUUAAGUGAUAAAUUAUUAAAAAGCACUCGAAUAUAUAAGGCUUUGAAAGGUGCACAAGGGAAACGUUUUGAAGGUGUUAAUUUAGAUAUUUUACGAAAAAUACUCAAUCAAUUUAGUCAAAUGAUUUUGGACAUUUCACCAUAUAUUUCCGAAUGCGAUAUUAAUCCAUUAUUGGCAAUGAAGAAUCAGGAGUUUAUUGCACUGGAUGCCCGUUUUAUACUAGGAACUGUUACAACUCCUCCAGUUGUUCGCCCGUAUCCUAAAGAAUAUGAAACAACAUUACAAACCUUAAAAGGUGUUGAAUUAUAUAUGCGACCAGCACUGCCUUGUGAUAUGGGACCAAUUCAAACAAUGGUAUGUAAUCUCACAGAGGAAGAUGCAAGAAACCGAUUUUUAAAGUCUAAGCCUUCCGAAAAACGAAUUACAACAGGUGUUUUGACAAAUAUAUGUUUCGGUGAUUAUGAUCGAAUGUUGACUCUUGUUGCGUUCGACUCAACGACAAACGAAUUGAAAGGUUUUUGUGAAAUACAAAGAUCUCCUAAAACGCAUUUACAAACGUUUCCUGCGCAUAUACGCUUGACUGUGGAUGAAUCACGUAACCCUGGAUUAACACUCUCCAUGCUAAAUGCUUGCUUACGAAUAGCAAAAAAGGAAAAGAUUGAAAACAUUGUGACGUAUCGUCUAGCAAGUGAUAAACAAUUUUCUGAAAUUGUUUCGAAUGCUACUAAAGCUUUGCAAGCUAUUGAUAUAAAGCAUGUCAGUUGCAAGGAUGUGGAAGAGGAAAAUACUAAAAUUUCAGUGUACACAUUUCACUUGUAAACACAUACAUCAAGAAACAUCCGGUUGUUGAUCCUAUAUUUUCUUUAUGAAUGGAUUGUUAGAAAGCAUCUGUAGUGAACUAUGAAUAGAAAAUGGAAAUUAAACAUUGUAGCGCAUUCAAGAAGACCAACGGAUAUACAGUUGGUGCAAUAUUUAUUAUAUAAUUCUAAAAAUGGUAUUUUUCUUUUGAACACUCGAAAAACAAUUUUACAUAAAAAAUAGAAAAUUGGACAAUGAUAAGAAAAAGAGAAAAACAAAAUUUUUAAACG